CGGCCUCCGCCUAAAUAUAAAAGCGAGCCGCGGCGUCUACGCGUCCUUCUCCCUGCCUGUCCCCACCAACGGAAGGCAGCGUGCGCCCUGUUAUAAAAUCAGUGCUGAGUGAAUCCCGAAACAUCCAUCAAAAUGGUGAACUUCACAGUCGACCAGAUCCGUGCCAUCAUGGACAAGAAGUCCAACAUCCGUAACAUGUCUGUGAUUGCGCACGUGGAUCAUGGGAAAUCUACUUUGACCGACUCUCUGGUGUCCAAGGCUGGAAUCAUCGCUUCCGCCCGUGCCGGAGAGACCCGCUUCACUGACACACGUAAAGAUGAGCAGGAGCGCUGUAUCACCAUCAAAUCAACCGCCAUCUCCAUGUUCUACGAGCUGACCGAGAACGAUAUGGCCUUCAUUAAACAGUGCAAGGAUGGAUCUGGUUUCCUUAUUAACCUGAUCGACUCUCCUGGGCACGUGGAUUUCUCCUCUGAGGUCACGGCCGCUCUGCGUGUCACUGAUGGAGCUCUGGUUGUUGUGGACUGCGUCUCUGGUGUGUGCGUGCAGACAGAGACGGUGCUGAGACAGGCCAUCGCCGAGCGCAUUAAGCCGGUUUUGAUGAUGAACAAGAUGGACCGGGCCCUUCUGGAGCUGCAGUUGGAACCCGAGGAGCUGUUCCAAACCUUCCAGCGUAUCGUGGAGAACGUCAACGUGAUCAUCUCCACCUAUGGAGAGGAUGAAGGCGGACCCAUGGGAAACAUCAUGAUUGAUCCAGUGAUCGGUACCGUUGGUUUCGGUUCUGGUCUGCACGGUUGGGCCUUCACUCUCAAACAGUUCGCUGAGAUGUACGUGGCCAAGUUUGCUGCCAAAGGUGAAGGUCAGCUGAGCCCAAAUGAGCGCUGUAAGAAAGUCGAGGACAUGAUGAAGAAACUCUGGGGUGACAGGUUUUUCGAUCCAGCCACUGGUAAAUUCAGCAAGACUGCCAACGGCCCCGACGGCAAAAAACUGCCCCGCACCUUCGCCCAGCUCAUCCUGGACCCCAUCUUCAAGGUGUUUGAUGCCAUCAUGAACUUCAAGAAGGACGAAACCGCCAAGCUGAUCGAAAAGUUGGACAUUAAGCUGGAUACUGAGGAUAAAGAGAAGGAAGGCAAGCCUCUGCUGAAGGCCGUCAUGCGUCGCUGGCUGCCCGCCGGAGAGGCUCUUCUUCAGAUGAUCACCAUCCACCUGCCUUCACCCGUCACCGCUCAGAAAUACCGCUGUGAGCUUCUCUAUGAGGGACCUGGUGAUGAUGAGGCUGCCAUGGGUAUUAAGAACUGUGACCCGAAGGCUCCUCUCAUGAUGUACAUCUCAAAAAUGGUGCCCACCACAGAUAAGGGUCGUUUCUAUGCUUUCGGCCGUGUGUUCUCUGGUAUUGUGUCAACUGGGCUGAAAGUGCGAAUCAUGGGACCAAAUUUCUCCCCUGGCAAGAAGGAGGAUCUCUACCUCAAACCCAUUCAGAGGACCAUUCUGAUGAUGGGUCGUUACGUGGAGCCCAUCGAAGAUGUGCCAUGUGGUAACAUCGUGGGUUUAGUUGGUGUGGACCAGUUUUUGGUGAAGACCGGAACCAUUACAACAUUCGAGCAUGCUCACAACAUGCGUGUGAUGAAGUUCAGCGUGAGCCCUGUGGUCAGAGUGGCGGUGGAGGCUAAGAACCCCGCUGAUCUGCCCAAACUGGUGGAGGGUCUCAAGCGUCUGGCCAAGUCCGACCCUAUGGUGCAGUGCAUCAUUGAGGAGUCUGGAGAGCACAUCAUCGCCGGUGCUGGAGAGCUUCAUCUGGAAAUCUGUCUUAAGGAUCUGGAAGAGGACCAUGCUUGUAUUCCACUCAAGAAAUCCGACCCAGUUGUGUCAUACAGAGAGACGGUCAGUGCAGAAUCCGACCAGAUGUGUUUGUCCAAGUCUCCCAACAAGCACAACCGUCUGUACAUGAAGGCCAGGCCGUUCCCCGACGGGCUCGCUGAAGACAUCGACAAGGGCGAGGUUACAAACCGUCAGGAGCUCAAGGCUCGUGCCCGUUACUUGGCUGACAAAUACGAAUGGGAGGUGACCGAGGCCCGUAAGAUCUGGUGCUUCGGACCCGACGGAACCGGACCCAAUCUUCUGGUGGACGUGACGAAGGGAGUUCAGUACCUGAAUGAAAUCAAGGACAGUGUUGUGGCAGGCUUCCAGUGGGCUUCUAAAGAGGGUGUACUAUGUGAGGAGAACAUGCGUGCCGUCCGCUUUGACGUUCACGAUGUGACGCUUCACACAGAUGCCAUCCAUCGUGGUGGUGGUCAGAUCAUUCCCACAGCCCGUAGAGUCCUGUACGCCUGUCAGCUCACAGCUGAACCCAGACUCAUGGAGCCCGUUUACCUGGUGGAGAUCCAGUGCCCAGAGCAGGUGGUUGGUGGCAUCUACGGUGUGUUGAACAGAAAGAGAGGUCACGUGUUUGAGGAGUCUCAGGUUAUGGGAACACCCAUGUUUAUUGUCAAGGCAUACCUGCCUGUCAAUGAGUCUUUCGGUUUCACAGCUGAUUUGCGCUCAAACACCGGCGGUCAGGCCUUCCCACAGUGUGUGUUUGACCACUGGCAGAUCCUCCAGGGAGAUCCUAAAGACCCCGCCUCCAAACCCUUCCAGAUCGUCGCUGACACACGUAAACGCAAGGGCUUGAAAGAGGGCAUACCGGCACUCGACAACUUCCUCGACAAGUUAUAAAUAUCAGAACUCCACGCCGUCACCAUGUAGCCCUCUCACAUCUCUCAUUCCUGUUUGUCAUUCCCUUUCUCUUGCAUCUGAUUAUUUCUUCCACACUGAGAGCAAGAGAGGACUGGACUUUACAGGCAUCACACACGCAGACCAUAAAAAAACAAGUGGAUAAUGUAAAUCUAAAUAAAGAAAAUAAAAAUGGAAAAU